ACAGUACAUAGCGGAGUCUGCCGCGACCAUGUUGUGGCUCGUCCUCUUAGUCAUAACCCUCGGGUUUGCCUACAGAUGGUACAAGAUCCGUCGCAUCCUGCAAGUGGCCAGACAAAUAAAAUGUGACAUCAAGGCGUAUCCGUUAUUAGGGCAUGCGUAUUUAUUCAGUGGAGACGGCGAGAGUCGCAUGCGAACAUUCGAGAGGCUGGGUCGGGAGGCUAUUAAAAAUGGCGGACUCACUAAUAUGUGGUUGGGAGACAAUUAUUUUACUGUUGUGGUUGAUCCAGUGGACUUGGAAGUGAUUCUUAAGUCUUCAUUGGAAAAAGAUGACGUCAUGCGAUUUGCGCGAAACCUCAUCGGCAAUGGAACUAUAUUUGCACCAGUGACCAUCUGGCGUCCACGGCGCAAGGUCCUGGCUCCGACGUUCAGCCCGAAGAAUCUGAACAACUUCGUGAGAAUAUUCUCCCGGCAGAGCUCAGUAUUGGCUGAACAACUGCAGACGGAGGCAGACAGCGGCCCCUUCUCCGUGUGGAAGUAUCUCACCAGCUACACCAUGGAUUCUGUGUGUGAAACUGCUCUCGGUGUGAAUGUAAAUGCCCAGAAGACUGAGGACGAGCCGUUUCUGAAGGCGUUUGAGAAGUGUUCCAUAUUGAUAGCUGAACGCAUGGUACAACCCUGGCUGUAUGCAGAUGCAGUGUAUAAGCUGCUGCCACACCACGAGACGUUUGAGAAGUCCAAGAGGAUCAUCUGUGAUUUCAUUGAUAAGAUAAUUAAGUCAAAGCGGAUUACAAUAAAGGAAAACAAAGAUCGUGUGAAUAAAAACUCCAGCGAAUCAAAGACUUUUCUAGAGCUGUUAAUAGAGGGGUCUGGAGGUGAUCGAGGCUACUCCGACCUGGAGCUGCAAGAGGAGACGCUUGUACUGGCUUUGGCUGGUACCGACACCUCGGCAGUGGGAGCAUCCUUCACUGUGUCUAUGUUGGCGCGGUAUCCUGCUGUACAGGAACAAGUUUAUAAAGAGUUGGUGGAAGUGUUCGGCGACUCUGACAGGCCGGUGACGGCAGAAGACUUGCCUCAACUCAAGUACCUCGACGCCGUCGUCAGGGAGUCACUGCGUCUGUACCCGCCAGUGCCCGUCGUUGUCAGAAAGAUUGAGAAGGAUCUAGAACUUCCGUCAGGAAUCACGCUGGUGCAAGGUUGUGGUGUACUGGUGCAUAUCUGGGGCACGCAGCGCAACCCUCGCUACUGGGGAGACGACGCGGAGCAGUUCCGACCUGAACGGUUCCUUGACGCGCCACUCCAGCAUCCCGCUGCGUUCAUGGCUUUUAGUCAUGGACCUAGAAACUGUUUGGGAUACCAAUACGCAAUGAUGUCAAUGAAGACUGCAGUAGCGACUCUGAUCCGAAAGUAUCGGGUGUCCAUUCCCGGUGCGCAUAUGAACGGAUCCAGAAAAGAACAGAAGCCCAUCAGGAUAACUUUUGACGUCAUGAUGAAGGAUGCUGACAGAUUUACAGUGCAACUGGAAAGUAGAGGGAAGAAAGAGGGAAAGUUUCGAUAGAGGGGAUUAUUAGGAACCCACGUAGUUUUAAGUCAAAUUUCCGUGGUGCUUGGCGACUAGGCUUGUGCAGUCUCUUUUGUGCCUUAACCCGUUGUCUGUCGGAACGCAGAUCUACGCGAGACACAAUGUGUUUUCUAUUGUGUCUUAUAUACCGACAGACAAGGGGUUAAGGUUUAAGUCAUUCUGUCUCCUGCAUUAAAUUCACCGAGGGAAGUGGAAACUAUCGUUUUCUUUUUCUUCUCCUCUAAUAAUAUCUUCUGAUUUAUUUCGUUGCGGGAUCCAAGACAGACAUUCAUUACCCUGGGAUGCGCCGGCCUUCAAUGUUCCGGUGUUUUCAUGAUUGAAUCUACAAGGUGGGAGGUUGUGGCGGGCUUUUCCUAAAAAAGAGGGGUUUAUUGUUUGUUAAAGAGAGAACAGAAGCCCAUCAGGAUAACUUUUGACGUUAUGUCGGGUGAUUAGCGCCAAACAAUAGCUAAUGUUACUUUAUUAUUACUGCUUAAUAUAGAAAAUAGUUUAUUUAUUUUAUUUAUUCUUGGUUGCAUUAGGAUGUAAUAUAGGUAAUAGAAUAAACGUAGGAACUAAUGUACCUACAUCUCAGUAUCUAAACUUACGGGUUAAUUUGUAUAGGUUGUCUAGUACUACUACUAAUAUAUAAUUAUUUCGUAUCUUAGAAUUUACGUUAUAUGAACUUACAAUAAAUAAUAAUUAUUAUAAAUCCAAUUUAU